AUGAUUCUGAUAGACUCACCGCCGGCGACAUUUACCGGUCACCGCCUCCAUAUUCCGCAUACGAAAUCCCUGCAAAUCCGCCGCAAUUUUCUCCGGACCAGCGAAAUCUCAGCAGUCGAUCGUCGCAAUCGAUGGCAGACACUGGAUUGCUCCCAGAUUCGAACACGAGACGACCCCUUCAAAUGCGGGGCUCGCCGGAAAGCGGAGACAGCGAUGGUCGAGGUUGGAGAUGAUCGUCUCCGGAGAAUCGCUCGGUAUCUUCUGUGGACAACCGAAGCUGUGUACAUUCUAUGGCUCUUUCUUCUCCCUUAUGCUCCUGGAGAUCCAGUUUGGGCUAUUAGUUCAGAGACUGUGAAUUCUCUUUUGGGACUUUCUCUGAAUUUCUUCUUCGUCUUGCCUCUUACAAACUCCGUUGGUAUUCAUUUCUUAGAAGCCCCUCUUCUUCACCCUAUGGCUGAAGGAUUAUUCAACUUUGUAAUAGCUUGGACACUCAUGUUUGCUCCAUUGCUAUACACUGACCGCAAGAGAGAUGGAUACAAAUUCUCUCUUGACGUCUUAUGGGGUCUCAUGAUGUUCCUCACAAACACGUUUCUGAUCCCAUACAUGGCUUUAAGGCUCAAUGACGCUGACCCAGAUGAGAAACCGAGCAAAAGGUCUCGACUUGGUGAAGCGAUGACCAAAGGUGCGCCGAUAGUUGGUCUGACAGGAGCUGCGGUGUGUCUGAUAUCAGCGUUGUGGUCUCUCUACGGCCGAGGAGAUGGAGGUUUCGGUGGGGUGAUGGAUCGAUGGCAGUAUCUGAUUGGUUAUUUGGGAUCGGAGAGACUAGCUUACGCCUUUGUUUGGGAUAUAUGUUUGUACACGAUAUUUCAGCCAUGGUUGAUUGGAGAGAACCUGCAGAAUGUGAAGAAGAGCAAGGUUGAGUUGGUGAGAUAUGUUAGGUUUGUUCCUGUUUUUGGUUUGCUUUCAUAUCUUUUGUUCCUCAAUCUUGAGGAUGAAGAUAAUUAA